UGUUGGACUUGAAUUUCACCCAAACCAGAAGCGGAUAUUGCAAGGUUCAUCAACAAUCCAACACUUACCUUAAUCUCCAUUGUUGCUUACUUGUUUUCGACACGAACAUCUAAAUUUGCUUUCCGGAUUCCACUGAAGCAUCAUGGAUUCCGUAGAGCCCGUACUGAAUGGGGACACUGCUCGCUCCCCCAGUAUGGUGGAAACGUCAGAGGAGGCGUUGGUCCAGAUGAAAACUCUUAUUCAGGAAAACCGCAACCUUAAAGAGGCUUUGCGUCAGACCAACCUGUCGAUGAAAGAGCGUUUUGAGGAGCUGUUCUUGUGGCGCGAGAAGCAGCGGCAGGAGCGGGUGUUCCUGGAGACGAGGCUCGGGGAGGCCCGGGUUCAGAUGGAGGCCCUGGCUAUGGAAAACCAGGGGCUCAGCAAGAAAGUGACGCAGUCACCCAGUGCUUUGGAUGGCUCACAAGUCGUGCCUUCCGGUCACAGCGCCGAAACGGACGCCCUGCGCGCUCUGGUCAGCCGACUGCAGGCGGAGAAGAACGACCUGGUGGCUCUCAACUCCGAGCUGCAUCUGAAGUGCCAGCCCAACUCUUGUGAAGACUCCUUUAUCGAGAUCAUAACUGUGUCGGACGAAGGUGGUGUCGGCGUCCUGAAAGACGCCAGUGAGAGCAGCAAACAUCUCGACGCGAGCAUGACGGCGUCCCGUCUGGACAGCGAGGAGGUGACCGUCAGUCACCUGCUGCAAUCCCUCAGGAACGAGACUCAGCGAGCCGAGCGGCUGCAGGCCGAACUGCAGGCAACCGUUGACGUAAUAAGAACGAUGGAGGAAAAGAAGAGUCAACAUGCGACCAUAACAACACAGACCAGCUUGACAGAAGAGACCAGAGACAAUUCAAAGAAGGUCGAGGUGGCCUCCGAGUUUAUAAGAUCGCAGAUGAUGGCAUUGGUUCAAAAGCUGCAGCUGGCCCAGGGUAAGCUGGAUGAAGCGGAAGGCAUGAAGAAGAACCUGCAGGAGCGAUGUCGCGAGAUGGAGACCGACGUGGCCACUCUGAGGACCCAACUGGUCGACACGCAGGCUGUUAAAUCGCAGAACGAAAAGCUCAAGGUGCAACUCAACAGCAUUCAGGCGCAGAGCUUAAUCGUGCAGAAGAGGUCCGGGGAGGAGAGGAGCAACCUGGCCCAGCUGAAGGACGCCUACGCUAAACUGUUCGAAGACUACAAUGAGCUCCAGGAAGAGCAGAAGAAGAGAGAGGCCGGGUUGGUGGGCAAGGAGGUGGUGGACGAUCUUAAAAGUCAGCUCGGCGCCGCUGAGAAGGCCCUGGCCACCAAGCAGGAGCACAUUGACAGCUUGAAGCAGGAGGUCUUCAAGAAGGAGAAGGAGCUGGAGACCAUCUCUGUCUUGGAGGCGCAGGCCGAGGUCUACUCCUCUGAUUUUUACGCCGAGCGGGCGGCGAGGGAGAAACUGCACGAGGAGAGGGAGUGUCUCUCUGUUCAGCUGGAAUACGUAAAGAAGCAGAACAUCCAUCUGCAGGAGGAGAUGAGCCGGCAGACGUUAGGUGAAAUGCAAAGAAGACAUGUGCCAAAUCCAAAUGCACAAGGGCAAGCUUUAGUUUCAAGAGGCACCAACUGGCAGCGUCAGGGCGGUAUUCCCGCACACGUUUGUCCAAAGUGCAACGAAAUACUGCCAGAUCUGGACACUCUGCAGAUCCACAUCAUGGACUGCAUCAACUAGCCCCCGUCUCGUUCGUUUAUGAUAGUGAUAGCCGUAAUUGCACUUUAAUCUGAGUCUUCCUCUGGACUUAACUGUUUCCUGUGAUGAGACGAGAACGAUUCAAGUCAGUGACUCCUCGCUUGUUCAAAUGUAAGAUUCGGAAGAGUUGAUAUCUUUUUCAUGUUUGACGUCAUCUCAGUUUUGUUUGCGUGAGUCAAGGCAAUACGCAAGGAAUGUCCAAGUAUAGAGACUUUAAAUAAAUCUGUCACUCGGGGGCUUUUGUACUAUUGGGUAUUUGAAAUUUAUCAUCGGGCACAUAUACUUUAUAUAAGCAGGUAUAUUUAAUUUUAGGAGGCUCACACCUUGGCAACCUUUUGACCCUGCACACUGCUCUUGCAAAAUGUUCUGUUAAAUAAAUUGAUGUCAUCAGGUCA